CUUUCCGAGCCGUUUGAGGCCUUCGUUCUUGACUUCUAUAGAGCUCCAGAUGUGCGUGGAGAAUUUAAUCAAGCCGUGCAUGUCAACUUCUCUGGGACUGCUCACGCAAUAGUUUCAUGGUGGGUGCUGCAGCUUGACAAAGAUGGCCUGGUUUGCUACUCAACUGCUCCUCGUUGGAUCAGAGGGGCAAGCGAGUGGUGUGACCAUUGGAAACAAUGUGUGUGGUUUCUUCCUGGACAAGGUGUUUCGGUGGAGGAGCAGUCGGAGCUUCGCGUCGUAGUCAGCCAUGAUGAAGCGUCAGUGCGGUAUGACAUCAAUGGUGUACGCUGUAAUAGUUCAGCGUCUGGUUUCGAGCUGAGCCUACAAAGGUGUCGCAUGCUUGGUGACGGUAGCAGGCGUUCUAUCAUACAGUCUGCCAUUCAGAAAGCUCUUGGAGAACGAGAACUUGGAAACUGUCUCAUUCGGGAUGACGGCCUGAUGAGCGCCGUGUGUGCUCUAUCUACAGCGCAUGGAUCCUGCCAUGUGGCUGGCUUGUUUCCAGGCUGUAGAAGAGAUGGCUUGAAGUACUUGGAGAGCGUCGCGAGCAAGCUGUCUAUUAUACACAAAGACGGCAAGCAUCUCACUGGGGACGAUUUCAAGGGGCAUAAAGUGGAUGUUCUUCUAGGGGAGCCUUAUUACGCCACGUACGAGCAUGCGUUGCCGUGGAAGCAGCUUCGGUUUUGGUACGAGAGAACGACGCUAAGUCCGUUGCUAUCAGAGAACCCUAUUAUAGUUCCCUGCUUUGGAAUUCUCUAUGGGAUGGCUUGUCAUCUUCCUGAUUUGUGGCAAAGCCGCUGUCGCCUUGAAGAAGUCGAUGGCUUUGAUCACAGGUCAUUGACAAAACCGUUUUCGCUGCUCGAGUUCAACAUGCGUCAGGAAGAGUCUAAGUGGAUUUGCAAAGGUUAGCGUUGUAAAGACUGGGCUCUGCCAUGGAGUUGUCCUGUGGAUGGACUGGGUGAUGGAUCCCGAGAACAAGGAUUUGGUACUUAGCAAUCCAACACACCUCAAAUUGGGAACAAGCAAAGCUUUUGAUUGCAAGGUAUGCAUACAAUGCCUCUCUAUAGUGGAGUCUCUGAAGUUUCUAGAUCUAUAGUAGAUUUGAGAGCCUAGGAUUGUUUACUUCAGUCUUGAGAACAAUGGAUUAUAGCAAGCAGCCUUAUUCA